GCACAUAGUUCAAGUUGUGAUUUCACAGUGAUAACAAACACCCCUCAACUCAACAUUCAAAAUGUUCAAGCUGUUGGUUCUCGCCUGUGUCUUGGCCAUGGCCGCCGCUAAGCCUGGUGCUCUGCUGUCGUACUCUGCUGCUGCCCCAGCUCUCUACUCUGCCUACUCUGCCCCAUUGGCCUAUGCCAGCCCAUACUCCUACGCCUACAACUACAACCUCCGACCCUUCACAUAUGCCGCCCCAUACGGCUACAACUCCUAUGGCUACUACAACAGCUACCGGGCCCCAAUUGCCUACAACUACCCAUACAGUUACAUUGCAUAAAUUCGUCAUGACCCAGCAGCAGCCUCAAUCGUCCCCGUUUAACAGCCAUUCCUGAUACAAUGAUGCACUUGAAGACUGAUUGCAUUCGAUUCCUCAAGACAUCCUCCAAAUACCAUCGAUGGAGAACCAAAAUCGAGUCAAUAGAGCUUCUAAAUGUAGGAUGAAAUGCAACUUGAAAAUUUGUGGAAAAUUCUUUUCUGGGAUAUGGGAUAUCUUUGAAAGCUCAAAAAAAAACGAUUUUCUGGACAAUCGAAUAAAUUCAUGACUUUUUAUGAAA